AUAUGUGAUCUCUAGCUCUUUCUUCCCAAGCAAACACAGAACACAGAACACAGACACAGACAGACAGACCCUUUUCUGUGUCGUCUCUCUGUUUGGCUCCUGUGUGUGAGAAUCUGAGUGUUAUUUUCUUGGAAAAGAGAAAGAAAAUCUUGGUGGGUAUGCGAGCAUGAUGUACGAGCAUGGUAAGGAGCAUCAGCAGCAGCAGCAGCAGCAGCAUAUGAGGAGGAGGAUGGAGAGACAGAAAUCCAUAGAGGAAGAGAGACUGGAAAUAGUGGAUUUGAGUGGCAUGUCCUUGGAGUCUCUCCCUUGUCCUUCCCUCAAUCUAGCGACUAUUUGCAAGUUGGACCUCUCCAGCAACAAUCUUCAGAACAUAGGGGAGUCCUUAAUUGCGAGAUUGCUUAAUCUGGUGGUGUUGGACAUGCACUCAAAUCAGCUGAAAUCGCUCCCAAACUCGAUCGGCUGUCUUUCUAAGCUCAAGGUUUUGAAUGUCUCCGGCAACCUUAUUGAAUCCCUUCCUAAAACUAUUGAGAACUGCAGAUCUUUAGAAGAACUGAAUGCCAACUUCAACAAGCUGAGCAAGCUGCCAGACACUAUUGGCUUUGAGCUUACAAGCCUCAAGAAGCUCUCUGUCAACUCAAACAAGCUGGUCUUUCUUCCAAGCUCCACCUCUCAUUUGACUUCAUUGCGAGUCUUAGACGCCCGCCUUAACUGCCUCCGAUCGCUCCCGGAAGACCUUGAGAACCUCAUCAAUCUCGAAGUCCUCAACGUGAGCCAAAACUUCCAGUACUUCGACACCCUACCAUACUCCAUAGGCCUACUAAUCAACCUCAUCGAACUAGAUGUCAGCUACAACAGGAUCAAAACCUUGCCGGACUCCAUGGGAUGCCUCAAGAAGCUCAAGAAGCUCAGCGUGGAAGGAAACCCGCUCACUUCGCCUCCUAUGGACGUGGUGGAGCAAGGAUUGUAUGCGGUGAAGACUUACCUUAGCGAGAAGAUGAAUGCAGACCACAAGAGCCCAAAAAAGGGGAAAUCAUGGGUUGGAAAGUUAGUCAAGUAUGCGACCUUUAAUGGGAACACAAGAAGUGGCGCCGGCCUAGCUCACAAGGAGCGUGAAGGGUUCAUCAUGCCAGAGUAUCGGUCCAUCGACGGCCUUGCUUCGCCGAGGUAUAUGGGUAUGUUCUCACCUCGCCGCCUCUUCUCUCCCCGGACUUACUUCAAUAGAUGAUGAGGUGCAAGCAAAACUUUCUUUUGUAUCACAAAACUCUUGUGAAUUUAGUUUUACUGUACAUGUUUUCUUGGGGUGUAUACUAUUAGUGGUUUUGCAUACUAUAUUAUAGGUCUCUCCGAAGAUGUCUUCUAUGUUGUAUGGAUCAGAAAUUCUGAUUUGUUUGGUCUCUUGGCCUGUAUCAUCUCCAUGCAACAUUGCUACGCAAUUAGAAUGGAUAUCAUGUUCCUGUUAAUAAAUUUCAAGUGUUGGAGAUAA